AUGGUGAGUCUCGCUACGGCUAGACGAGUCAAUAUGCGAUAUUCCUUUCGAUUGGGCGAUAGCCAAUCGGAAGGAAUAUCGCAGCCACAACAGUCCACAACAAAGAAACAAAGUCUUGAGUAG